GCACCGUGUUAUAAACGACGCUGCCCGCCGGCCUCGAUCCAUCAAGACUGCCCCUCGCGUCCCGCUACCACACCCCGGCAUCAGCAGCCAGCUAUACGAACCCUAAGCAGAACACGAGGUGCCCCCGGCAGCCACCCGACCCUCUCAGCGCUGACGCCUCUCCCUACCUCUCUUAUCUGCGCCAUCGCGAUCUGCUCGCAUGAUGCUGUCGACUAUAUCACACUCCAUGGCGCCCACCCUCAGUUCACGAGACCCGCCCGCCCACAUCAUGACCACCACCACCACCCAGCUGCCCAUAUUAACCCCGCGGCAGCCCGCUCUCUCCCAGCGACCCUCUCUCCGCCUCGACACCCAGCAAAUCCGCACCUUUGGAAAGGGCUCCAGUCUGCGUCUCGACACACUCAGUGCUGUCUCGCCCACCGCCCGCAACACCUUCUCCAACGCCUAUGCACCCCCGGCCUCUGCAGCACCGGCCACUGGUCGCCCAUCCAAACUGCGCCUGUCCAUAGACAGCAGCUGCAACGCACCUAGCAGCGCAUCCACGCCUAGCUCAGCAUCCACCCUCUCGUCCGCCCUCACCUCCGCCUCUACCGACUCGUCUGCACUCAUCAUUCCCUACAAGCAGCCGCACAACGUCCGCUCCAUCCUCUCCAACGGCCCAGCCCCGCGUAAGAUGGCAUCCGCACGGCCGCUGUUCCCGGCCGAGAAACGCGUGUCUUUCCGCACGCCUCUGGAAGAGGAGAUCAAGACAGUAAAAUACACACUGGCGCAUUCGGACAUUGCCUCCUCCGUCUCAACCAUAGCCUCCCUGGCAACCACCUCUUCAGAAGAGUCGGAAGAAACCACCACUCUCCCAAUCAACACGCAGUCCGCUUCAACCGCUUCACUCACGCUAUCCAUUCCAUCAUCUUCAUCCAGCUCUUCCUUCGCCUCGCUGCAAACCUCGCCCCGUCCCAGAGGCCCACGCACGGGCGACAAGCGCGACUCUUCCGAGUCAGACAGCGACUCCUGCCCCGAGACACCCGUUGCAGGGCGGCGGAAACGCAGGCGAGACUGGCGAUGGACGCUGGGCCCGCUUCCGUCUGACGGGUCGGCCUCGACUUCAGCGUCGACGAGCGAGGCGACAAGCGAAGACAGCACCUAAGCAUAGCAUCAUGAAACGAAACGGACGGCGUUUGGAGACACGCAGCAUCACUACACGGCACGAGCUCGGGCUCACACACAGCACAGGCUUCGGCGUUUUUCAUCAUUUUUGCACACUUAUCCCCAGGGGACUAUUCAUGAGCAUUUUACGGUGUUGCGUCUUUCCAUGAUACCACAUCUGCAUGGCUGGCUAGCAUACUACAGCGCGGCAGCGAAGCGCGCAAGCAUUACCUUACAUACUACUACCUACUUAAUUUUGUAAAUACACAUGCCUUUCAAGACCGACAUCAUCCCAAU